CAGUCGGAACACGCACAAUACCAAAGUUCAAGAGAAUUAAAUGAUGUAGGCCAAUAACUUGAAGCUCCCAGAAAGACCUAGGGGAAGGAAUAGAGCUUACUUCCGUGAAACAACUCAUUCGCUCAUAAACAUAAUUUUCAUACAAUUCUCUCUCGAGAGAUGCCAAACUUUUGUCUUUGGAUAUUGGUGCAUGUAGAUCAUCGAGGGAUCUAGUUUAGUUGCAUCUCUCCACUUCAUUACAAAGUAUUUCAAUUAUGUUUAAACUUGACGACCUUCUACGGGAAGUUGGUGAGUUUGGUCCCUACCAGAGGAGGGUGUUUGCAAUCACCAGCACCGUGGUCUUCUUCUCUUCCUAUGCGUCGAUGAUUAUUGUUUUCUUUACACCGAACGUUGAUCACUGGUGUGAGACUCAAGAUGGGUCAUUUUUGGAAGCUUGUGAGGGUUCUGGAUUAGAUCUGCAAGAUUGCCAGAUUGCCAAGAAGAAUGCAAGCAUCCCUGCGAACUAUACAUCAGAUGGAAAGCUGAUCUACGCACAAUGUGAGAAAUAUAAUGUGUCAGGAGUGGGAUUCUGGCCUGGGAUGGAUCCGUCCAAUUACAGCACCGAAUCACUACCGCACAUUAUCCCAUGUGAUCAGGGAUGGGUCUAUGAUACCAGUCAAUACAAAUCUUCCAUAGUGACAGACUUUAACCUGGUUUGUGGAAAGGAAGAUCUUACCCAAGUAUCCCAGUCAGUGUUCUUUGGUGGAUACCUAGUUGGAUCCCUAGUGUUCGGAUCUUUGGCUGAUGUGAUAGGACGAUGGUGGUCUUUGAUGAUCUGUUUGAUCAUACGGCUCAUCACCGGGUUAGCCCUUGCCUUCUCUCCAUCAUGGUGGGUCUUUACUACCAUUCGAUUCAUCCAAGGAUGCGUUGCCGUAGCUACUUACAUUAUCGCUUUCGUCUUAGUUAAUGAAUAUGCAGGUCCAUCCAGACGGUAUAUCACCGGACUGCUGUUUGGUGUCCCUUUUGCCACGGGGUAUGUAUCCCUAGCUCUGGUUGCCUACUUCAUUCGCUACUGGAAGACUCUAGAGAUCGUUGCUACAGUCCCUAUCAUCGUCCUCAUCGUGAUAAUGAUGUUCCUCCCCGAGUCGGUGAGGUGGCAAAUAUCUAAAGGUAGAUUUGACCAAGCGGAAAAGACACUUGUAAAACUAGCAGAAGCUAACAAGAAGACCCUGCCAUCGCCGAUUUUUACCGAAGAGUUCAAGAAGGAAAGGAUAUUAGAGGAUGCAAGGCAUCAAGUAUCAGCUCUGGAUCUCUUCAGAACCCCGAAAAUGCGGCUACGAACCAUCAAUCUCAUUUUCAACUGGAUGGUUAACGCAGUCGUAUACCAUGGAGUGUCUCUGAAUACCUCAAACCUUGGUGUCAAUGACUACGUAGCCUUCGCUGUGGCCGGAGCCGUUGAGAUCCCAUCAUACAUUUUAGCAUCCUUUUUGAUCGAGUUCAUAGGAAGGCCCCGGUGUUUGUGUGGAUUGCUCCUACUUAGUGGAGCAUCGCUGCUCUCUACAGCCGUAGUUCCCCCUGGACCGGCACUGACAGUCGUUGCUAUGAUAGGCAAGUUUGGAAUAUCUGCCGCCUUUGGGGUUCUCUAUCUCUACUCUACUGAACUCUACCCAACAUCGAUCAGGAGUGCUGCAGUGGGUUUAUUUUCAACGUCGUCACGCGUAGCAGGGAUCAUUUCCCCACUCAUCCUCACGCUCUCCAAGUAUUGGAAUCCCCUUCCUAUGGUGAUCUACGGAGCAGCAGGUGUAGCCGUCGGAUUAUCAACCCUCCUCCUUCCUGAAACUCGGGGGAUGAAACUACCAGACACGUUGGAAGAGGGGGAAAACUUUGAAAUGAAACGAGAAGAAGCGGCCAUGGAAGAUGUUUCGUCCAAACCAGAGUAUUUUCCAGUAAGAUUGUCUGAAGAUGAGAGGGAAAACGUAGUUUGAGUUUGACGAAAAGUUCUUGGUUGUAUUAUUUUAUCUUGUUCCAUAUACACAUAUCGUAAUUCGUAAAAACAAUUUCUUUUUUUUUGGUUAAGAUACAGAUAUUUUGAUAUCUGCAUUUCGAAAUCUAAAAUUCUACAAACACUGCAGUUACAGUAGCUCGCAUGCUCCAAGAACAAAUAAUUUAUGGUAUAUCAGACGUUUUCCUACACGACAGAAUGAGUUCAUCAAUUAUUUUCGAUGCAUGUAAAUGGAAAGGAGAAUAAACGAUGAGAAGAAAAUCGUGAACAGAAUGAAAACAGUGUAUAUUAUUCGUUUUUUCAUAUCUCGUAGG